AUGGUAAGACGUAUAGUCGCUGGUCGACUAGGUGAGCUGGCAUUAGCUAUGAUUAAAGGAAUUGGUGCGGAAGAAUCCGAAAAUUCCCCAGGAUCUACAAAAUCAGAGCUGAAAAAUAGCCCCACUCCGGGAACAGGUCCUGAAUCGAAUUCUGGAGACACAGUUCUCCCGAAUUCCAUCGGAGCCAUUAAUCAGAUUAAGACGGAGGUUGAACCAACAAACUCGUCUGAAUCGCAAGAUUCAAAACCGGCCGAGACUCCCGCUGCAUCUGAUUCAGCGAAUGAAAACGCGCCAACUGCCGGGGAUCAAACCAAAUCGGAAGAGGGAGUGAACAAAUCCGGGAAAAAGGAUGAUUGGGCAGAUUUUGAACUCGAUCCGGAAUCUGAACGGUCUUACGUCCUGAACCUUAUUGUGCCAAUGUUCGGCCGGCUAAUCGCAGAUGAUCAGGAAUCUGUUCGACUGAUGGCCGUCGAAUCUAUUGUCGGUCUGAUUAAAGCUCUUGGUCCCAGUGAAGCUGAGAACAAAUUGGUCGAGAUGAUUGAACAGGCCGUGGCAGAUAAAUCGUGGCGUGUGCGGUGUACCAUGGUAGACAAGUUUAUUGACAUGUUUACCACUCUCGGACCGAAUAUAUCGCGUUCGCGACUGGUGCCCCUAUUCAUUGAUCUGCUGCACGAUGAAGAAGUGGAAGUUCGAGCUGUGGCGGCGGGAAAAGUGAAGGCGUUCGCGCGUUGUCUGCUUGGUCUGCCUCCUUCGGAGCCAGAAACACAAUCCGGUGCGGACUCCAAUCCGGAUGCUAAGCAGUUCCCUUCUGCGACGUCCGAUACCCUAAUACAGGAUACGACUCCAGCUUGCUCAACAAAUACAACAACGACGACAACAACAGAAUCAACAUCAAAUUGCCCUGUAUCUCAGAAGGAUGUCAACAUGGAGGAGGUGUGGGCUAUGGCUGCUGCGGAUGAGACCAUCGUGUCUAGUUUGCUGCCAGCGAUCAAAAGCCUUACCACCGAUUCCAAUACGCAUGUUCGAUCCGCCCUAGCUAGCGCCGUCCUUGGUUUGGCUCCUCUUUUGGGAAGCACAUUGACCGUGGAGCACCUGCUACCUGUGUUGUUGGCCUAUUUGAAAGAUGACAGUCCCGAGGUCCGGUUCAAUUUGAUCUCCAACUUGGAACACGUGAACAGUGUGAUUGGAAUAGAUCAUCUGUCCAGCAGUCUACUUCCUGCCGUGAUCCAGUUGGCUGAAGAUCCGAAAUGGCGAGUACGAUUGGUGAUCAUCGAGUAUAUGCCCAUGUUAGCCGAACAACUGGGGAAAGAGGUGUUUAAUAAUCAGCUUACAGAUAUCUGUUUAGGCUGGCUCAUUGAUGAGGUGUACGCAAUUCGUGAGGCAGCAGUGGAUAACCUUGUACGUCUCGGUCAUAAGUUUGGUACGGAUUGGGUUAACACGACAUUUGUCCCCAAGGUGAUUCAGUUAGCCACCGAACGGAAUUAUCUACGUCGAAUGAUUUGUCUACAAAGCAUCAUAAGCCUGAGCGAAAUAGUCGGUCCGUCCGUCUGCAAACAGCACUUGUUGCCAACUACUCUGUCCAUGCAAAACGAUAGUGUUCCAAAUGUCCGGUUCAAGGUCGCUCAAGCAUUGAGCAAACUGGGCUCACAGUUGAACAAAAAAGACCUGGACGAGGGGGUACAUCAAUGCCUGAAACAUCUUGCCGAGGACACAGAUCGUGAUGUGAAAUUCUACGCGUAUGAGGCGUUGGACAAUCUGCAUUUGGUCGCACGAAGCGAUGACACUAAUGAUGUGGUCAUGACACCUGCACAACCGGAAGCGCGGAUAGGGACAACCACAAACGAACCAGCCGAUCCUAGCAAGGAACACACGGCUUCGGUAUCUGAAAAACUAUAA